AUUUCUAAGUUAUAACAAACCCGCAAAAGUCCCAUCACUUCUUAGUAAAGUAUUGAAUCUGCAAUGACGAAUCUGCGCCAGCAGGGGGAGCUGUCAUAUCUCCUUCACCACUGUACCAUUUUGAUGACGUAGCAUAAACUAAUGUAAAUCGCGGAGUUGAGUGGCAGCUGCGAGCGGUAAUGGAUAACUGUACUGGUCAUUCACAGUUUUUAUUGAGCUCUUUCUUAUUAACAUGUUUAUUUGGGCUAUCGCUCGGGACAGACCUGAGCUUUGUGACUUGCGGCUCGGUCGUGAAGCUGUUAAAUGUAAAGCACAAUGUCAGACUGCACUCUCACGACGUGCGCUAUGGCUCAGGCAGCGGGCAGCAGUCAGUGACAGGGGUGACCACUGUGGAGGACAGUAACAGCUACUGGAGUGUACGGGGAACCAGUGGGGGCCUGUGUCACCGGGGGACUCCCAUUAACUGUGGUCAGACCAUCCGCCUCACACAUGUCAACACCGGACGCAACCUGCACAGCCAUUACUUUGUCUCCCCGCUUUCCUCCAACCAGGAGGUGAGUGCGUUUGGUGAGGAGGGAGAGGGAGACCACCUGGAUGAGUGGACGGUGCAGUGCGGAGGGGCGGUGUGGGAGCGCGAGGAGGCCGUCCGCUUCCAGCACGCCUCCACCGAUGCAUUGCUAUCGAUUACGGGGGAGCAGUAUGGCCGGCCCAUCCAUGGGCAGAGGGAAGUGCACGCCAUGACAGGCCCCAGCCAGCACAGCCUGUGGAGGGCCAUGGAGGGGGUUUAUAUGAAGCCCAGUGAAAGCCCACUAGGGAACAGGGACUACAGCCAUCCUCUACACACAGAGUUCUGAUUCAAUCUGACUACAGCCAUCCUCUACACACAGACUGACUACAGCCAUCCUCUACACAGACUGACUACAGCCAUCCUCUACACAUAGACUGACUACAGCCAUCCUCUAUACAGACCGACUACAGCCAUCCUCUACACAGACUGACUACAGCCAUCCUCUACACAGACUGACUACAGCCAUCCGCUACACAGACUGACUACAGCCAUCAUCUACACAUAGACUGACUACAGCCAUCCUCUACACAGACUGACUACAGCCAUCCUCUACACAUAGACUGACUACAGCCAUCCUCUACACACAGGCUGACUACAGCCAUCCUCUACACAGACUGACUACAGCCAUCCUCUACACAGACUGACUACAGCCAUCCUCUACACAGACUGACUACAGCCAUCCUCUACACACAGGCGGACUACAGCCAUCCUCUACACAGACUGACUACAGCCAUCCUCUACACACAGGCGGACUACAGCCAUCCUCUACACACAGGCAGACUACAGCCAUCCUCUACACAGACUGACUACAGCCAUCCUCUACACAGACUGACUACAGCCAUCCUCUACACACAGGCAGACUACAGCCAUCCUCUACACAGACUGACUACAGCCAUCCUCUACACAGACUGACUACAGCCAUCCUCUACACACAGGCUGACUACAGCCAUCCUCUACGCAGACUGACUACAGCUAUCCUCUACACAGACUGACUACAGCCAUCCUCUACACAGACUGACUACAGCCAUCCUCUACACAGACUGACUACAGCCAUCCUCUACACAGACUGACUACAGCCAUCCUCUACACACAGAGUUCUGAUUCUCAACUAACCUGACCUGGCCCAGGUAACGCUUAGCUAACUAUAACUACGCUCUAUACCAUUUUCUUCUCUCUCGCUCUCUCUCUUCCCACCCAGAGUUCUGGUCUACACUACUCUGGCCUCUGCCCCCCUGUAUCUGCCUACCUGUCUCUUACUCUGCUCCCUCUGCUUUGAGGACACAGUCAUGCACAGUGGAUCUAAUCUGGGGAUCGCCAGGACAACUACAGAACUCUCUGACCAAUCAAAACCAUUCUCUGUCACCUGACCUCAUCAACAGAGACUAUUUGAUACACUAAACAAAUGCUGCUACAAGAUGUAGUAAAUAUCAUUUUCUAUCUCCCCUCCACACACCUCUUCCCAACAUGGUACUCUCCCCUCCACACACCUCGUCCCAACAUGGUACUCUCCCCUCCACACACCUCUUCCCAACAUGGUACUCUCCCCUCCACACACCUCUUCCCAACAUGGUACUCUCCCCUCCACACACCUCUUCCCAACAUGGUACUCUCCCCUCCACACACCUCUUCCCAACAUGGUACUUCAACAUAGACAUCUAAAUGUAUCUGAGACACCAGAUCAAAAACAGCUAGUGAUUUUAUUGUUCUGUAUGUCAGAGGUGCUACAUGGCCAUUCUUCUACUGUCUCUAAGACGAUGUGCCGGUCCAUGUCUGACUGGAAAAGAAUAGAUUUGGGUAAAUAUUACUUUAUUGCUCCCCAGUUAUACAUUUCGUAUCAUAUGAUCAACUACAGACAUUACGGUCCAUAUAAAUUCUGCAGGUUUGUGUUGAUUGCUAAAUGGAGGACAAUGGAAGGUUAUGCUUAUUUCAAGAAACAAGCCUUGUUUUUAUUAAGGUUGUAGAUGCAAAACAGCAUUGUUGCGUUACCUUUAUUACACUAUAGUUUUCUCUACUAUUCGAACAAGUGUAAUUGUAUUAAUAAAGAGGAGCAAUUUGAUCCGUUUUAAAAUAAACAUUUUAAUCCUAGCAGACGGCCUAUCACCACGGUUCCAACGACACCCCUUCUCUUCUUUACCAUGAACAAGCAGUGUUUCUUUGUUUUGACUUUUGAUUUCCGUUUAAUUCCGUACAGUAUUAAAUAUCCCUUCCAUUGACGAAGCUGAAUCGAAGCGUACCAGCUUUCUGUGUCCACUACAGUAUUAUGUCACAGUCAGUGGUAGGAGUCGAUUCCAUUCAGGCAAUUCAGAACCAGAACCAUCAUUCCAAUUUUAAGAACUGGAACAAACAUCCCCAUUGAAAAUGAAUGGCACUUUUUGAUUCUAGAAUGGAAUUUCUCAAUUCACCUUCUAAAACGAACAGAAUUGGAUUGGAAUUGACCCCAGCCAUGUUGUUAGUGUCCCAGGGGUUGACAGCUACAGCCUGUCUUGUCUGACCUGGUUCCUACACAGUGUUUUCUAUCAGCUGUCUGUGAGUGAGUGUUCAUCCCAACACACAGCUUUGUUUUCAGAAGACUUGUACAUGAUUGUAAUAGAUACCUCAGAUUAAAUGGAUGUUUUGUGCUUA